UCUACAUGUGCAAUGAGAAGUUUGGUUUGAUGAUCAUAUGGCUAAAGAAAGCGUUCUAAAUCAUUACAAGCAUAUCAAUCAAGUGAAGCUUUCUUUUUGUUGGUAUGGCAUUUUCUAAGCUGGUUAAUCCAAAAAAGAAGAAAAGAGUACAUGCAGUCAAAGAGUCACCAUUUCCUGUUCCUAUAGCAACAGAACAGUAUGAAAACACAUGGUUCUAUUAUACAGGCUAUCUUCAUGGCAACCACAUAGAAAUCAAACAUAGUGGAGACAUUGACAGACUGUACAAAAUGGGAUUUUUUGGAAAAGGUACUUUAUCCAGAAGUAAGCCAGAGUUUAAUCAGCGCUUCAAGACAGUGGCCAUUCCAAACGGAAAAGGGGAGACAAUCAAUGCCAGAAUUAUGAGUAGGAGAAGUUAUGUUCACAGACUAAACUGGUGCUUAGAACAAAUAGAGGGGACAUCACCACACCAUUUAGAGUAUGAUAGUUCUGAAGAAUUCAAGGAGGACCCAGAUUCAGAAAUAUCUAAGGAUGGGAAUUCUGAAUCAAAACUUUCUGUAACAGAAGACAAGGAAAACACUUCAAAUCCAAGUAUUGAUGAUGGCAGUAAAUUAUUUCAUUCACAAACAAAACCUUUCAGUGCAAUGCCUAAAGACUUAUGGGCAGAACCAGCAAGCCAAUGGGAAACCAGUAACACAGGAAGUAAAGAGGACUUAUGGGAAGAGGAUGCUGAAUUCUGGGGAGAUGAGACUUUAUCUGCAACAAUACCUGGAAUAAACAAAACUCAAAACGUUGAAAUACAUAAAUCUGGUGAUAUUUGGAAUGAUGAUUCUAAAAAGAACUCUGAAUUUAUAGACGUUACUGAGGUAAAAGACACUGAUUCUUCAAAAAGAACAAACAUUUUACCUCAGGUGGAAAAGUCGCAAAAUUCUCAGAAAGAAUCUAAUUUAGAACAUGAAAAUCAUGGAGAUAUUUAUAAUUUGGCCAAAGAAACAAAUUUUGAUCAAAGAGAUGCUAUUUCAUUUGACAAUUCUGAAAUAGAAAUGGACGUUGAAAUUGACAGCAAACAAAGUGAUUUCCAAAUUUCCCAAACAAAUAUGUUGGAUAAUGUUAUUGAGUUUAAAACUGAAAAAUCUAAACUGUCGGAUACAGAAAGUUCAGAUAGUGAUUUAGACUCUCUUUAUAAGUCAGAUGAUACUGAGGGGGAUUUAUUUAUUGUUGAUGAUUCUGACAGUGAAGCAGAGGUUUGUAAGAGAAGAAAAAUAUCUAGGAAGAAGAAAAAAUGGAGACCUGUUUUGAAAAAGGAUCCAUUCUUCGUAAAAGAAAAUCUUCAUUUAUCUUUUGAGGAGGCAUUUUUCUUGUCCUAUGGUCUUGGUUGUCUGGUAGUAAAAGAUGACACAGAAAGAACUCCAGAUUUAACAGAGAUGUGGCAGACUUUCAGCAGUAAACAACAAACUUUCAUUCCUAAUUAUAUAGCGUAUCAUUAUUAUAGGAGUAAAGGAUGGGUACCUAAAACAGGACUCAAAUUCGGUUCAGAUUUCAUAAUAUACAAAGAAGGACCAGCUUUUUAUCAUGGUAGUUACUCAGUGAUAGUUAAGAUGGUGUUGGAAGAUUCUUUAGAGGAAGACCCUAAAUACCACACUAGAGACCUGACAUGGACUAAUCUGGCAGGACUUAACAGACUUACUGAACAAGUAGCUAAGGAAGUCUUGAUAUGUCAUGUGAUUAGACCUAACAGUUUAACAGAAGAAGAUCUAUUGUCACCUAAAUGUAUCCCACAAUUCAAAGUUAAGGAAAUGGUAUUAUCAAGAUGGGUGUCAUCACAGGAAAGAGAGAAACAUUCUGAAGAAAUACCUUGACCAGAAAACAUUUAUCAACAUUUCAUUUAUUCUGAGAUAAUAAAUUUUUAGUAAACAAA